AUGAAAACAGAGAAUCCUGGAGAAACAGACAUAAACAUCCUGGAUUUUUAUGGUGCCCUAAUGUUUACAUCUGAUUCUCCACUAGGGUUUGAGCCUGAAAACCAACUGGGGCCAAUAGAAUCCAAGAAGAAAUCUUCUGUGCUGAGAUGUGACUUCAGAGAAAGACAACAAGAUAGAGUAGGCCACGGAUCCCUGGCUGUGAUGAAGAAUCAUCUGAUGCAUGCUGUGAGAGAAGAGGUGGAGAUUCUGAAGGAGCAGAUACUAGAGCUGAUGGAGAUGAACUCCCAGCUGGAGUGCAAGAACACCCUCUUGAAAACCCUGGCGAGCCCAGAGCAGCUGGAGAAAUUCCAGUCUGGUCUGAGCCCUAAAGAGCAAGCUCCAGAAUCCCAAUUGCCUGAGGCCCUUGGUGGUUCUGCAGUGUAA